AUGGCUGAUCUUAAAAAUCUUAAAUUUUCUGUUUAUAACCAAGAAACCUUUCCUAAGUCCGAGGAAAUUCAAGGGCCAUCACCUUUUUGGAAUAAAGAUACUGAGGGCCCAUCUUUUAUUAAACCAGAAGAUCGCCAAAAGCCUUUAGUUCCUUCAGGAAAACUUGAUGAAAAGUACAAAAAGGAGGCACUUGAAUUGACUCCACUUCUGGGUACUACAUAUAAUGAGAGUGUUCGAUUAUCUGAUAUCAUAAAGGAUGACAAACUACUUCAAGAUUUGGCUAUUAAGAUAUCUCAGCGAGGUGUUGUCGUUUUUAAAAAGCAAGACGAUCUUACUGUUGAGCAGCAAAAGGAGCUUGUUCAAAAGCUUGGUAUUCUCUCUGGUAAGCCCAAAGGUAAUGGGUUACACAUUCAUCCUACAGCGCCCGCUGGCGGUGUUGUAGGCGAGGACGGUCUUAUUGAUCCUGAAGUCUCUUUUAUUUCUAGCAGGCUUGGAGGUGAGUACAACAAAGAGCAGCGAGAGUAUCCCACUGCUUACAAUUGGCAUUCGGACAUCACAUUUGAACCAGUUCCUGCUGAUUAUUCUUCUUUAAGAUUAGUUGAGCUUCCUCCAACAGGUGGCGACACGUUUUGGGCUAACGGAUACGCUCUCUACGAAAAAUUUUCUCCAUCAUUCCGUUCCUACUUGGAUACUCUUACGGGUACUUACUCUCAACCUAAAUUUAAGGAGUUUAGUGACCGAAAGAGUUUCCAAAUUUACUCCCAAGAACGAGGUGCCCCGGAAAAUGUUGGAGAUGAAAUCAUUUCUACUCAUCCUAUUGUUCGCACCAAUCCUGUUACUGGAUGGAAGACUCUUUUUGCAGUUGGUGAACAUUUCACAAAGUUCAAUGAGCUCACUCCCCUUGAAUCAAAGGCACUUAAGGAGUAUAUUUGGAAUAUUCUUGUUCAAUCACAUGAUCUUCAAGUAAGACACAAGUGGGACAAAUAUGAUAUUGCCAUUUGGGAUAAUAGAUCGACUUACCAUGCCAUCAACAAAGAUGUUUUGUAUUACGAUGAUUUGUUAAGAACUGGAAUUCGUACCUUAAGCAUUGCAGAACGCCCUUAUCUGGAUUCCAACAGCAUUACUCAAACUGAAGGACUUAAGGGAAAAGCUGAAAAGCAGUCAAAAUAA